AUGUAUACUCUCUCUUUCUUUCACUCUCUCUUUCUCUCUCUCUCUCUCUCUCACUCUUUCUUUCCCACUCGCCCACUCUCUUUCCUUGUGACAAAUUAUUUUCCACCACCACCUCUCUCUCUCUCUCUCUCUCUCUCUCUCUCUCUCUCUCUCUCUCUCUCUCUCUCUCAGGCGGGAUGUGCGUCAUAUCUGCGUGGUUUCUCUUCGUUACAACUAGAUGGACGUAAGGUAGGCCAGUAUGCCAUGGCGUCGUCUAUGCGUGGUUUCUCUUUGCUCCAACUAGAUGGAUGUAAGGUAGGCCAGUAUGUCAUGGCGUCGUCUAUGCGCGGUUUCUCUUUGCUCCAACUAGAUGGACGUAAGGUAGGCCAGUAUGCCAUGGCGUCGUCUAUGCGUGGUUUCUCUUUGCUCCAACUAGGUGGGCGCAAGGUAGUACGGUAUGCCUUAGCGUCGUUACCGCGUAGAUUCUUCUUCCUCCAACUAGGUGGACAUAACGUUAGUCCAUUAUGCCUUAGCGUCGUCACCGCGUGGUUUCUCUUCGCUCCUACUCGGCGGGCGUUAAGUUAUUCCAGUAUGCACGAUGGCUUCUCUUCGCUCCAACUUGUUGCCCUCUUCUUUCUCUCUUUCUUGUUCCUCUUUUUGCUGCUGCCUCGAAUCUAUGAACUUUCUUCGCCUUCCAGUAUUUGUACUUGGCGUUUUUCUUUCUGGAAAUCUAUUAUGGCCAAGGAACACGCUGAGGAGGUAUUUUGGGAAACAGAUCAUCGUCUUUAUACUUCAAGAGGUCUUUGCAAUCUCGGAUCGAGUAUUCUUCACAAAAACCAAACAAUUCCAUGUGUAACGGUUUUCGUUUGUCCUUGA